GCCGCGCAGGUUAAGAGCCGCUGGGGCCGCGCCGGGAGCAGAGCGAGCCGAGCCGAGCCUGUGCCCGUGCCCGUGCCGAGCCGUGCCAGCAUGGCCCAGCCGCGCUGCCGUUCCGUGCUCAUCACCGGCUGCAGCCGGGGCAUCGGGCUGGGGCUGGUGCGGGGGCUCGCAGCCGCCAGCCCCCCCCCGGACUUGGUCUUUGCCACCUGCCGGUACCCCGAGAAGGCGCAGGAGCUCCAGCAGCUUAGCAAGCAAUACAGCAAUAUCAAGCUUCUCCAACUGGAUGUGGUCUGUGAAAACAGCAUCAAGAAAGUAGUCAAGGAAGUGGAAGAAAUUGUGGGAGACAAAGGUCUGAACUGCCUCAUUAACAACGCUGGCAUCAACGUGAUUGCUUCCUUGGAAGAAGUCACAGCAGAGACAAUGCUCACCACUUACGAAACCAAUACAGUUGCCCAGCUCAUGGUCACCAAGGCAUUUCUACCCCUUCUGAGGAAGGCAGCUCAGCUGAGCACAGGAAUGGGCUGCCAUAGAGCUGCCAUUAUCAAUAUGUCCUCUCUUGCUGCCUCCAUGCAACUCGUCCAGGCAAAUGAGAUGUUCCUCAAGGUCUACCCCUACAGGAUAGCGAAGACAGCACUGAAUAUGAUCACCAGGUGUCUUGCCGCAGACUUGAAAUCGGAUGGAAUUCUCUGUAUUUCUUUGCAUCCAGGCUGGCUUCAGACAGACAUGGGUGGAAACAUGGCUCCCAUGCAGGUGCAAGAGGCUAUCCCAGGCAUUCUCUCUGUCCUGGACCGUCUCGGUGAAAAAGAAAAUGGUUCCUUCCUGGACUGGCAAGGGGAAACUCUACCGUGGUAGAAGUGCACAGUAUACUACGGAAACAGCACGUCAGUCACUAUUUAACUUGUGCCACUAAUGUCUGUGUCUCUACUGUUUUCUUAUACACUACUAGCUGAAGUAGCCAGUCUGAUAUCCCGCCUCUCUUUAGGUAUACUUGGAAAGCAAGGUGGCUGACUUGGUAUUGCUACUGCUCUGUUCUAAUGCUUUCUGCAAAUACUACUGUGUUCUUAGUAAUGGGCAUCUCCUGGAACCAUCUAAAAUAAGUUAAAACUGCAAGUUAAAUCCAGGGGCUGGUUCCUCUUCACUUCCAAAACCAGGGUGGGCCUCUCACUCUGAGGUCAGGUCCUUUACUUCUGCAAAGAACAAGGCCAGUGCAGGCUGUCAGGUUCCAGUAAGUUCAGUUUGCUGGAGACACGUCUCUAGAAAAGGUCCUUUGGUUUCUUUCAGUCCUAACUGAGCCAAGGCUGAAGUUGCCCAGCUCUAAACUACGUGAAUUUUGUGCUUCUGCAAACUCCUCAGCAACCUCCGAGUGUCCCCAGGUUGACAGCACACACCAGACACUUGCUUUGUUCCCAGGGCAUGACUGAUAUCCUGAUACGGGGGCGGGAAUGUUGUUUUGUACAUAAACUUCUAAAGCAUCUUCAAUAAAGUCUUGUUUAAACAAA